UUUACAACCAGCUGACUUCCGGCGCCUUCCCGUCCAUUAGCCACCGAUACCAACUUUCAACGAUAUCCGGCUGCACUCGAUAUUUUCCCCAGGAAAAUCGCUCCCCGCGGAUUCGUCAACUCAACUGGAGGCAACAUUCCAUCGUACUGAUCCGAUGCAGGGCUCUGGCCCCGUCUCCCGCAGCUGAGCCACAACCCGUCCCGUUCUCUGUGAUCCACGUCUUUCCUCCCGCCUGAGCCAUGACCACCCAGAGGGAUCUCGACAUGGUGCACCUCCGCCUCAUCCUGGUCAGCGGCAAAACGCAAGACUUCACUUUCUCCCCAAAUGACUCUGCCACAGACAUCGCCAAACACGUGUUUGACAACUGGCCUGCAGGAUGGGAGGAGGAGACGGUGAGCAGCCCCAGUAUACUGCGCCUCAUCUUCCAGGGACGCUUCCUUCAUGGCAACGUUACCCUGGGAGCUCUCAAGCUGCCACCUGGCCGAACGACUGUCAUGCAUUUGGUUGCCCGGGAGACUCUUCCAGAGCCCAACUCUCAUGGUCAAAGGAACAGAGAAAAAACCACAGAGAGCAACUGCUGCCUCCUCUUGUAAAGCAACAGAGAACGGCCCCCUCCCUUCUACCCAGGCCUCACAUACAUAACACACACAUAUAAACAUGCGUACACUCUGCUCUCUCCUACCUGUCAUCCAAUCAGCCGUGGACUUCGAGUAAAUCGCAGGAAGUCUGGUCGGGGGGGGCCAUCACCCUCUUUGGUUGAACUCUUGUCCAAUCUGAGGCUUGUUUUUGUGCCAAUAUAUAUUCACUGUUUCCCCCCCCCACAACUUUUACUUUAUCUGCAGAGUUUUGCUGUAGUUUCUCCUUUUUAUUUGAAGAUCGUUACAUAAAACAAUACCUUUGCUGCUGGACAAGUUUUAAAGAGCUGUCAUACGUUGUGAAUAGGACCCAGGAACUCAUCACUCUUCAUGGACACUGACGUGCUAUAAGGAUGUGUGGGCUCUAACCCUUCCCUACUAGUCACAUGGAUGUUUCCCAAGGUCUUUUUCUCGAUGGUGUUAACCCUCUCAUUGCACUUAACCAGUUUGUUAACUCCGAAGUGUUUACUGUGUCGUCCUCUCCUCCCUCGUGACAUUUUCUUCUUUUGAUGAACAGACCUCAGUUCCCCAGGUGGUUGAAAACGCGCCAUCCUCCUCAUAGACUGUCUCUGCGUCUUAUUAACUGAACUGUUAGGUCUCUAUCAGCACCAGUGGCGUUUGUGCCAUCUCCCGCAUCCUGUUUGUUCCCGGCAACGGACCAAUGGAGAAAAGACUUUCAUUAGCAGCGUAAACACCUGAGGGAUGUACAGGUCCACGGGGAACAGGAACAGACUCCCAGCGCAGAGGAGGCUGAGGAUUUGCUCGUGUGCCAUCUGGUGUCCUGUUCGCACUCUUGCCAGUGACUUUUACUGACUAGACCUUCAACGUUCCCCUCGAAGGGCACCGACACGGUGGGCCACGUAAAUGCAGAAAGAAGAAGAUGGGCGGAGACGGGGGAGGCGUGCGGUCAGUGUGAGACCCUCCUCUACUGGACACUGAAAAUAAGGCGGGGGAAAGUUUCUCCCACUCAGGCGAAGAGUAAAAAGGAAAUUUUUGGUGGUGUUUCACCUCCUUUCAUUUGGAUGCUGUCUUUACUUCUUGUUUGCCUUUUAUUGUGAAAUUCAGUAAUAUCAUUAAUAUUGAAAUUUAAAUAUAUCAAUUUUUAUCUUGUGUAUAGGUAUUUGUUGAAUUUUAGUGUGGGUGAGUUUGUGCCUGUGUGUGUGAGUGAGUGAGAGUCUGAGGGUGUGUGAUGCACGUGGCAUACUGUUUGAAGACUAGCGAGGGCAUGUGGUCUUAAAGAGGUGGUGCACUGGGAGUUUUGAUGGGCUGCGGUUUCUUCAGAAACAGUUGGAAACCUUUUGAUUCCUUCCAUUGAGUGUCCUUUGGUUUGUGUUUUUGUCAAUCAAUGUCACUGCUAUGAAGUUUAGCGCAGUAUGAAUAAAUGUCAAAACUAAAAUGCAAUGUGGUCUACAUAAAAGCUUGUAUUAUAAAUUAAUAAAUCUUUAAAUACGGCAGCA